ACAAUUUGGGUUUGGUUCCCCUAAAAUUAGAACCCAAAGCCAGCCCACUAGGUUCAUCAUUUCUCUAAUCUUCUCCUAUUCGUUUCACUCUCACUACUCUCUCUCUCUUACCCUGCAAGCUAUGGAGGUGGCCACCGCAGCUUCGAGCUUAGCGCUCCACCGGCACACGCUAGUAGCACCCCCCAGAACUUCGCGAAACGUAAAUCUUAAACACAGCUUCUCUCCCAGAGCCUCUCUCUCCACCAACUUCGUCGCUCCCUUCGUCGGAGGCAGCGUCUCCUCCGACUUCUCAGGCCACAAGCUCCGUCCCUCCUCUCUCAAUCCGGCGUCCUUCCCUAGCUCCAAGCCCAAGCGAGGCGUCGUCACCAUGGUCAUUCCAUUUGUAAGGGGAAGUGCAAGGGAGCAGCCUCCUCCAGACUUAGCAUCGUACUUGUACAAAAACCGAAUUGUUUACUUGGGCAUGUCUCUUGUUCCUUCUGUCACAGAGUUGAUACUAGCGGAAUUUCUGUACCUUCAAUAUGAAGAUGAAGAGAAGCCUAUCUACCUAUAUAUAAACUCCACUGGAACAACCAAGGGUGGCGAGAAGUUGAGUUACGAGACUGAGGCUUUUGCAAUUUAUGAUGUUAUGAGGUACGUCAAGCCACCUAUAUUCACUCUCUGUGUUGGUAAUGCUUGGGGAGAAGCAGCCUUACUUUUGGCCGCUGGAGCAAAGGGAAACCGUUCAGCCUUGCCAUCAUCCACAAUAAUGAUAAAGCAGCCAAUUGCCAGGUUUCAAGGUCAGGCAAGUGAUAUUGAGCUAGCAAGAAAAGAAAUAAAGAAUGUGAAAGCAGAGUUGGUUAAUCUCCUCGCAAAGCAUGUUGGAAAAUCACCUGAGCAGGUUGAUGCGGACAUCAGGCGCCCAAAAUAUUUUAGUCCCAGUGAAGCUGUUGAAUACGGCAUCAUUGACAAGGUACUAUACAAUGAAAGAAGUCCUGAAGACCGGGGAGUUGUCUCUGACCUGAAAAAAGCGAAACUUAUUUGACUGUAGGAAUACAUGGAUUAAUUAUUGUAAGGAAUAUUCAGGUAAAGUGCGACCACAAGUCAUUGCCCCAUUUUAAAUUCUGUUAUGAUUAAAAUGCUUUCGAUAAAUUUUGUGUUAUAUAAUAGCUCAGGGAUAACAAUAAGUUUCUCUC